AUGGAUAAGUCAUGGAUGCAAGCAGAUAGAAGGUCUAAUGAAUAUAGAUCUGGGGUGGAAGCGUUUAUUGAGUUUGCCUUGGUAAAUGCUAGGGACCCGUACCACAUUUGUUGUCCUUGCACAAAGUGUGAGAAUGACAAGGACUUUUCUACCCAAGUGAUUAAGACUCAUUUCUUUUUGAAUGGGAUUAACUUAUACUACGACAUAUGGGAUGAACAUGGGGAGGCUGUAGUUAAUUCGGAAUCAGAUUCAGAUAGGUAUAGUACUGAGAUAGAUGAAGAUAGUGAGACAGAUUCAAGUGCUUCAUGUAUUGUUGGGGGUCACAUGGAGGCAGAAUAUGAUGUGCAAUCAGAUAGUGAUGGGGAUGAAUAUCUUUCCGGUGAGUACACUGGUUUUAGGCAGUUUAUUGACGAUGGCAACAAACCCUUGUAUCCUGGUUGCACUACUCACACGAGGAUGGCUGUCAUUGUGAAGCAUUACAACAUCAAAAUGAAGCAUAGUAUGAGUGAGCCUGCUUACUCAGAUAUGUUGGCUUCCUUUGCCGAGUUUCUUCCCACAGGAAACUCAAUACCGGACACUCUUUCCGACGCAAACAAGGUUUUGACCGCAUUAGGGAUAGACUACACUAAAAUAGAUGCAUACCCUAAUGAUUGUAUUCUGUACAGAAAAGACUAUGAAGAAGAAACCAAGUGUCCUAGAUGUACAAAAUCUAGGUGGAAAUUAGACAGUAAUGACAAAGAGAGAGAAGGAGUACCUGCAAAAGUCUUAUGGUACUUUCCUAUUAUCCCUAGGUUCAAGAGAAUGUUUCAAUCACCUGAAACAUCAAAGGGCCUAACUUGGCAUGCCACAACACGGAAAAAGGAUGGAUUUCUUCGCCAUCCAGCAGAUUCCACUUCUUGGAAGUUAGUGGAUGAAAAGUGGCCUACUUUUGGGGAUAAACCACGAAACCUACGACUUGCAUUGUCAUCGGAUGGUUUCAAUCCUCAUAGUGUCCAAAGCAACAGUUACAGGUGUUGGCUUGUUAUUCUAGUUACCUACAAUCUACCGCCAUGGUUGGUAAUGAAGAGGAAGCACAUAAUGCUUUCCUUGUUGAUAUCAGGGCCUAAACAACCGGGGAAUGACAUAGAUGUGUAUCUUGAACCGUUGAUAGAUGACCUAAAGCUGUUAUGGGUAGGAGUUAGUGGGGUUUAUGAUGUAGUGAAGAAUGAAAUCUUUACUCUUAGGGCUGCACUUUUCUGGACAAUAAAUGAUUUUCUGACGAACGGUAACCUUUCGGGGAGUAUUGUUAAAGGUUAUAAUGGCUGUCUGAUUUGCCUUGAUCAAACAGAGCCCACAAGGCUAAAAAACGGAAGGAAGAUGUCCCCCAACAAUAAUAGGAGGUUCUUAGAGAAGUAUCAUCCAUAUCGAAAACUAAAAGCUGCCUUCAAUAACUGCACCGAAGAUAGGACUGCUUCGGUGCCCUUGACAGGAGAGGAACUUUUGAGAAGGCCUUUCGGCAAGAAAGAUAAAACUUCCAAGUAUAAGGGGGGUGAGGAUGAGAGAAGGCCUUCUUGGAAGAAAAAGUCCAUAUUCUUUGAGCUUGAUUAUUGGAAGUAUCUCCCUGUUUGGUGCUGCCUUGACGUUAUGCACAUUGAAAAGAAUGUGUGUGAUAGUCUGUUGGGGACAUUAUUGAACAUUCUCGGAAAAACUAAGGACGGACUCAAUACUCGGUAUAUGAAGGUGUGCAAGGGAUAUGUUAAAAACGAAACCUAUCCGGAAGGGUGCAUUGCUGAGCGCUACAUUGCUGAAGAGGCAGUUGAGUUCAUAGAGGAAAAUUACUUCGACGACAUUACUGUUGGGAUUCCACCUGACCCCAACACGUAUGACAGGCCUACAUCGGGUGCUACUGUUGAGUCUCAUUUUGGCAAGGAUUUGGAUGAAGCUCAUCUAUGUGAAGGAGAGGUUGCUACUCAGCUUAGUGAACCCGAUUGUGAUGUCCCUGAGAUUGUGAAGUGGCUGGCAGAUAAACCAGGGAAUGAAGUAUCGAAGUUUUAG